AACAGAUGGGAGAGAUAGGGGGAGAGGAGGCAGUACACAAAUGAUAACACACCUUGGUAUAUCUUUGCUGGACCUGCAUUGCUUAUCCACAUUCUGCCUGCCAUGAUGCUGCGAUUGUUGCUCCUCACGCUCUCCACAACCGUCCUGGCUGCUGGUCUGAAUUGUUCCCGCCCAUUCAAUGAUAUUGGAGGGCGGUGCAUCUUUAUCGACCCCUGGGAGUUGGGCACCAUGUCACAAAUCCGGGAUUUCUGCAAAGCCUAUGGCGGAGACCUCAUCUGGUUUGACAACGACACAGAUUGUGACUUCUACCGAGAUCUUCUGACACACAUCCAUGAGAAUAGCCUCAAUGAGAGGGACUACUGGAUGGGGAUCACAGAUGAGGGGCAUAAUGAAGUUUGGAAAUACUUGAGAAAUAAUCAGGUGGUGCGUGAUGGUCCCCCAUACUGGGACACAGGCUUUCCUACUACCUCAACUACAGAGAACUGUGCCAUCCUCGCAAUGACAAGAGGCUACUACUGGGAAGAGGUCGCAUGUGAUUCCACAUACUCAACUAUCUGUCGUAAAACCUAGGUCUGGUAAUGUUCGCCUCUACAAGGCAUCACAUUCCCAUGGCCAUGCAAUACACAGCUGCUUUUCAUUCAUAGUCAGUACAUGUAGCAAAAACUUCCAUACUGUUACAAAAAUAAAGAAGAAAAAUGUUACAUAAGGUAAAUUAUGUAGUUCAUAGUAUCAACUUUAUACAUAUAACAAUAUGAGUGUGUGAUUCACCUAUGGUCAUCUGCUGGUUACCCAGCCAGCAGGUCCCCAAAGGAAAGAGUUCAGAGCAAUACUGACCAGUCUUCAAGUAGGGCUGAGACUACUCACACACCACACACCAGAACAGUGAAGCCCAAACCCUUCAUGUUACAUCUCCUGCCUAUUUGCUGUUAGAUGAACAGCGGCUACACAUAAAGGGCUCACACACUUGCUUCUCUGUGUCUAGGACUCAAACAUGUGUGUAUGUGUGUAAGUGUGUCUCACUUUCCUUAUCAGCUUUUACGAGUUGAAAUACUCUCAGCCAGGUUAUAAAGGAAAGAGUAUCAGAGCUGGUGGUGUCCCUCACAAUCCCUAUAAGUAAGAAGUUAUUUAAUGAAAAUGAGCACUACUAUGACAAAGCCACAAUCAUAAUGAUAGGAUUCACCAACAACUUAAUGUUGUUGGUGAUGUUACAUACAUGUACUAUCUACUUUUACUAAUACUCUAAAUCUAAGUGUAGUGACCAGUGCUAAAAAAGGCUAAGAACUAUUUUGAGACCUAACAAUCAUUUUGGUUAUGUCUAAGGCACUACACAUUCCUCCUUCUCAUAGGUACAGUCCAAAGCUUCUAGUAAUCAAAAAUUUGUACAAACUUCAUAUCAAGUUCUCAUUACUUUGAAAAUGUUCCAAAGAAAUACAUGACAAUAUAUUUCAUGUAAUGAAACACCAAGAAAAGAAAAGCAGCUAGGAAUCUAACUUAUGACAUAACACCAAUCCAGCCAUAAUAAUCACCAAGGAUUAAAUGGAGUUUCAUCAGCUUGAAUGUAUAUCUAUUUAUUAGAUCAAUAGUUUAACAAUAGUCAGGUGAUGUCACUCAGUGCUGGCUGGAAAAUAUAUUAAAAGUUGCAAACAACCUUUGUACAAUAAAUUUACUACAUUACAGGUUUACUAUAAAAGGAAAACAGAAAAAUUAAGGACUACAUUAACAUUUUUAUAAAUCUCAACUUAACAUAUCAGUUCAUAUGUAUAUGGGUACAGUAUGUAGCUGUACAUGCAGCACCUAAGGAUAAAAAUUCACCAAAAAGUAUAGUCCACUACAAAAUACAUGACCAGAAUAACAAACAAUAAACAUGCAAAAUAUUUCACAACACAACAAAGAUUUUCAGACAUA